GACAAACUUGCGGCCAGCGUGGUGUUAGCCGGCAACACGACCACACCAAACCACACCACACCAUACCACACCACCCCCCCCCUUCGUCGUCGUCGUCGUCGACUCGAGCUUGCUUGCUUCACCCACGAGGCGCCGCCGCUCGCAACUUCAACCACACCCACGUUCCUUUUCCCCCCACGACGCGCCCCGCGCCUUCCCUCCGUCCGGUCGUUUCGCCCACCUGCGCUUCAACAAUGCUCGACAAACUCGUUGGCCUCGCCAUGCUCGUGGCUGCCUCGGUCGUCUUCCUCUACUACACCAUCUGGACGCUUCUCAUGCCCUUUGUCGACGAUGACCACCCGCUCCAGAACUUCUUCCUCCCUCGCGUCUGGGCCAUCCGCAUCCCCGUCAUCCUCAUCCUGCUAGGCUCCGCCGUGGUCGGCUCGUUCCUAGGCAUGGUCAUGAUUCGAAGCAACCGUAAGAAGGCGGCCAAGGCCAAGGCUGCUGGCAAGAAGAAGGCGUAAUGGCGCCAUUGACCACGAUUAUUCUGUAAUACAAUAUGGGAGCCACGGGACGACGCGCGGGAAUACUCCUCCACGGUCGCGUGAGACCUGGGCUGUAGCUCGUUGGCGGAGCACACCCCCUGGCAAGGUCGGGACCAUCAUAAUCACGGGAGAAAGCGAAGACGUACGGGUAUCAUAUGUGUUUCUACCUAUUGAGGAGACGCUAUUGAGUGCGAUUGUACCAAACAAAGCUAUCCAGACAUUAACGAGUGUAACAAUGAAG